GCUUGAUGUUCGUACGGCGCUUGUCCAGGACCUGUUGAAAUUGACGGAACUCUUGGAACUUCCUGGAGCGUUGCUGUCGGUCCAGUGCCUUCCAUCGGCAGACUGGGACGAGUUCUUGGAUGCCCUUCGGACAACUGGAGCCUCUCUUACGAGGUAUGGGGCAACAAUUUGGCGUUACCUGACGUUGUUGCUUCGAGUUGAAGUUGGAACUCUGACCCGGAAGAAGUUGGCGACUGCUGUUUGUGUUGCUGCUCUUUCAGUUUCAUCUGUGGUAGAG